AUGAUUCAUCUCUUUGUGGACGGGGACUAUUUUCUCUCCGGCAUGACGCCCUCUUCGGAGGAAGACGUACGCGCAGGUGUUGACAAGCUUCUGGACGCCAUUUCCACGCGUCUGUUCACCGACACUAACGCUUCAGCUGCUGCUGCUGCUGCUGUUGAGCAGCGCGUUGUUUUUUUCUCUUCCGCAAUUCUCAAGGCGCUGGGGGAGCGGCAGCGCGAGGUGCUCAUCGCCUCCUUGCGCCGCCUCCGCUUCCAGGCGAAUGUGCUUGACUCCAUUCCGAGCCGCGCCGGUUCCCCUGUCGACGCGGCCAUCUGCACCAAGACAAUGAUGGUGCUCGCAAAGGCCGCUUCCACCGCAGCCAGCAGCAAGUCCAUGACAUUUGUGUACUUCGCUGCAAAUGCGUACAUCUCUACCGCGUUGGAGUGGGCCCAGAGCAGCGGGUGUGGUGUCUGCUUUGUUGUGUACGACGGCGACAGUGUAGCGGACGUGCUGAUGGCAUAUGUAAGCCCCACAUACGGCAGCUUGGGCGGCAUCGCAACAAUUGCAAAGGGACAGGGUGUAGACUUCAUCCCAAACACAGAGGCCGCGAGUGCGGCGUUGGCAGCGCUGCAGCACGAGGGGAAAGAGCUCCCGUUGGCCGUGUUGCUACAACUGAGGCAGCUCCAGCAGCGGCUUACAGAGGGUGAUAAAGACAAAGACGGGCCGAAGCCGGCGGCACCAUCGUCAACGACGGACCCGCUCCUUUCGGCCACCGGUCCCUUGCAUGUGCCGCCGCCUCUUCCAGGUGCCCCGAAUCCAUUCGAGGGUGACGACAGCAACAACAAAAAGGCGCUGACAGCCACUACUCUCUUUUUGAAGGAGGAGGAGGAAAAGUUUGACGGCCCGGCGGCGGAAGCGGCGAGACCAAUGAAGGCUACCGGGCAUGACGAAAAGGCGACAACAACAGAAGUAGGAGGGGGAGGAGCAACGACGGCAACUACAAGCGCACCUGUUGGUGUGGCGAUGAAUGCGGCUCCUCCUCCUCCACCACCACCACCACCCACCACCACCACACCGCCCAGCAAUGCCGAGGUAAAGAAAGCGGCGUCCGACGGGUUCCCUGAGCCUGAAGUCUCCACGCGGCUCCCCGUUGGAUGGGCGCUCAUGUACGACCGACAACGGCGCCGUCACUACUUUGUCUACACCGACGCCGACGGCACUGUGAACACGACGUGGAAGCACCCCGGUGGUGUUGAGGAACAGGUCGACUUGGAGCGCCAGGUGGACGCCUGGUACCGGCGGCAGCAGGAGCAGCGCCGAGGCGGGGAACAUAACGCCGCUGCCACAACAACGACAAUGACAGUACCGACAGCGGCACCAUUAGAAGAAGCAGCAACAACGGGUUGGGACGAGUGCACCGACCCCAAGACCGGUCGCAAGUACUACGUAAACCGGCAGACAAAGCAGACCUCGUGGACGUUGCCGUCAGGGGCCGGAAGUGGUGUUGCUGCAGGUGUGCCAACAAGAGCGCCCACCACCUCGGCGUCGCCAACUGUCGCACCUGACAUAAACGCGUUGCCUCCGUUCUGGGAGGAGCGUGUGGACCCGAAAAGCGGUCGCAAGUACUACGUAAACCACCAGACACGCGAGACAACGUGGACACGGCCGCAGUUCAAGUCUUCCCCGCAGGAUACGCAGCAACAACAACAGCAGCAGCACUAUAAGCCACCAGAGCCGCAACUGCAGCAGCAGCCGACGGCACCUGCGUACGUUGGGGCUCCGUCGCCCACACCGUACGCGCCCACCGCAAAUUCACUGCCGCCGUUCUGGGAGGAGCGUGUGGACCCGAAAAGUGGUCGCAAGUACUACGUGAACCACCAGACACGCGAGACAACGUGGACACAGCCGUGA